ACCACAGAAAGGCAGUGUCAAGAUGGCGUCCCUGGAUCGGGUGAAGGUACUGGUGUUGGGAGACUCAGGUGUUGGGAAAUCUUCACUAGUUCAUCUUCUGUGCCAAAAUCAAGUGCUGGGAAAUCCAUCAUGGACUGUGGGCUGCUCAGUAGAUGUCAGAAUUCAUGACUACAAAGAAGGAACCCCAGAAGAGAAGGCCUACUAUAUAGAAUUAUGGGAUGUUGGAGGCUCUGUGGGCAGUGCCAGCAGUGUGAAAAGCACAAGAGCAGUAUUCUACAACUCUAUAAAUGGUAUUAUUUUAGUACACGACUUAACAAAUAAGAAGUCUUCCCAAAACUUGCAUCGUUGGUCAUCAGAAGCUCUCAACAGGGAUUUGGUGCCAACUGGAGUCUUGGUAACAAAUGGGGAUUAUGACCAGGAACAGUUUGCUGAUAACCAAAUACCACUGUUGGUAAUAGGGACUAAACUGGACCAGAUUCAUGAAACGAAGCGCCAUGAAGUUUUAACUAGGACUGCUUUCCUGGCUGAGGAUUUCAAUGCAGAAGAGAUUAACUUGGAUUGCACAAAUCCACGGUACUUAGCUGCUGGUUCUUCCAAUGCUGUCAAGCUUAGUAGGUUUUUUGAUAAGGUCAUAGAGAAGAGAUACUUUUCAAGAGAUGGUAAUCAGAUUCCAGGCUUUCCUGAUCGAAAGAGGUUUGGGGGAGGAACAUUAAAGAGCCUUCAUUAUGACUGAAUCGCACUCAUCCUUUGGAAGAGUGAGCAAGCAGUGGCACUUUUUCACAGCAUUCUUCUUGCUGUGUCAAUUAUUAAUGUCUGAGCCUUUUAAUGAAAUCAUCUUAAAAUGCCACCCUUCACCCCCAUCCUUUAAUGGAAAACUAAAAGGAAGUGACAGUGUGGGAGGUCCAAACUUUGUCCCCAUUCUCUCUGUGCCUCACCUUUCUGUCCCUGUUUAUAGAUUAUGUAAAAGCCUUGUGGAAAUAUGAGAUGUUGUCAAAAUGAUGCAGUAAAUGAGCAGUGACAGAGUGCUGCAGAGAAAAUUUACUCCUGCCUAGAACUGGAGGGUUUUAUGGGUCUGUAAUUUUCCCACAUGCCUUGCUGAGAGCUUAAUUAAGUGCUUUAAAAAUGUAUCUCUAUUGUUUUACUUUCUUGAGGGGAAAGGUUAUGUUAACCAGCACUGAGUUGUCCACCCCAAACAACAAUCUGUGUCAUUUUCAAAGAAGCAAAAUGGUGUUAUUUAAUUGUCUCCACCCUCAUCACACACAGGAUGCCUAAUAAUAGCAACCCUGUUCCCUCUUCUCUCCUUUGCAAAUGGUUCAGUGGCUGGAAGAGGAGGACUAAUGGCUGGAGUUAAAUAUAAAUAGAUUAAUAAUACAUGGAGAACAGCAGUACCAGAAAGGAAGAAUUCUGCAAGAAAUUGACAGCUCACUAAAUCCUUCACUCUUUAGGUUUAGCUGUCUGCACUCUUAUGGUUUUCUGUUUGGAAAUGGGUAGGGUGAAAUCUAAGACCUGCACACAGACAGUAAGAAAGAUUUACAGCCUCUUCAGAUUUUAUUUUUUUGAAGGAAAAAUUAACUCCUGAAAUGACUCUUCACUGUAGUCUGUAAACUAACAAUAUUAUUCUUUGUGUCAACAAUGUAUUCAUGGAGAGAAGUAAAAAUAAGUUCCACAGCAACACAUUUACAUUAAUUAUGGACUAGAAUUCUUAGAUUUAAUAAGCCAGAACUUGGGGAGUGGGUGCGGUUGUAUAUGCAUAAUUGUUUGUUACUAUUUUUAACAGACAAUCAUUUUUGCUUGUUUAAUUCUCUUUACGCUGGUUAUUCUUGAAUAUAUAAACUUGAUUUCCAAAAACUACAAUUUGCUGCCUUAUUCAACAACACCUUUUCACCGGUAUUCUCUCCCUGGCUCUGUUGUGGAUCUCUGCACUCCUGAUUUUGCUCCAUAUUAAAAUAUAAUAAUAAUAAAUACAUAAUGUCAGUUUCUCAU